GAGCCACGAGCAAUAUCUAUAUGGAGAUAGCAAACAAGACCAACACGGCGGCCUGUUUCCUUUUUGGGGUAGAUAGCCUCAUGUCACCGGCGCCUUUGUCAGAAUAGGGGUGUUUUGCGCGUCUUUAUUUGGUUCCUUCUUAUUUGGACUGGAUAUAGGGCUCUGUUUUCUACUUCCAUCCCCAUAAAAUGUCCCUCUCAAAUUCCAAAAGCUUGCUUUUGUCGAUACCAACUACUCCCGUUUCUUCACACUCGUCGAACAACAUGAUACACGUCCUUGAAUAUUCCCCACACGAAGGCGAAAUAGGCGUUCCUAUUACUGUCCGUCUCCAUUUUAACCCUAAUAAUUCUUCCGAUGCGGUUUUCCUCCGCCUUGUAGUCGGUUCGACACCGAUGCCAACUAAAGUACGCGAACUUUCAGAGUUAACUUAUGGCCGCUGGCAGCUUGAUGCUAUCGCUCCUGCCUUCGAGAACCCUGCCUUAGGCUCCGAUAGAGUUCCGUUAUCGGUAGAGGCCCUUGACAAGAACAGUCAUGUCAUAGACACCGUUACCUUUGGCGAGUUCGCCUUUUGGACCCCGAACAGUAAACCUUUCCAGCCAAGUUCGUCAAACAUUCACAAUAGACGCCAGUCUUCAGCCGAUGCGAGGCUGAAUCCACCUAACGCCGCUCCGUCAAGCGCUUUUGUCGGUCGCAGACGUGCCAAUACAACUUCCUCCACUUUCGUCAAAUCCGAAAGCCCAAAUCCACGUGCUUACACAAAAGAGGGCAGUCGUCGUGUUCGAGUCAAUUCCCUCAUGCGAGCAAAAUAUCCAGUCUGCAAGGAUGUCGACGAGGAAUUAUACGCUCAAACACCUCUUCUGCAACUCGUUACCUCGCUUGAUUCUAUGUGUGUAGCUUGGGAGCCUUCAGAAAAGCGUGUUGGCCGUCGUUUGGUUCGAUUUACCAAGGUUCAAGACGGUCGGAAACUCAUCGUCUCCUGCGAGGCCAUCUCCCAGGACGACUAUCGUGAGAGCGACAGCGUUAUCUCUUGCAUCUAUCGCGAGGAGACUCUGACAUAUUAUGUCACCUCAGUCGAUAUCAUCUAUCUCCUCGAGCGCCUUACCAAUGACGAAUUUCCGGUAGAGGAGAAGAAUAGGAUCCGACGCAAUCUCGAGGGUCUUCGUCCGACUACCGUCUCAAAGCACAAACAAGGAUUCGAGAAUUUCUUCCAGCGUAUCAUGGAGUUUCCGGACCCCAAACCAAGGAAUAUUGAAAAGGAUUUGAAGGUUUUUGAGUGGUCCUUGCUUGGUCAGGCUUUAGACAAGAUUCUUUCUAAAUACCAUGUGUAUACGUCUUCUCCCACAGACUCAACCGUCUCUCUUCCUAUGGAGCCGUCCGAAGACGUUCCAUAUCUUCGAAACGUAGACCAUCAAGUGGCACACGAUGCCAAGCUGGAUAGAUAUCCCGAGCUAGUACACCCCACACCGACCUCUACCAUGAAAUUUGAGCCAGGAUUGUACGAGGAUCGCAGCCUCCUCUUUCUCCAGCCUCAUUCUGACAACAUGGAGUGUCUGUCUCAUCCAGCUACUCCCUUCGUUCAUCAUGGCAGCGCAGUUGACACUCGCGGUACGCCUGACUAUCAAAGCGGUCACUGGACACCACCAGAUCGUAUGGUAUCGAGCGAAUUGGCCAUCGGCGAGUAUCGCCAUCUACCUGAUUUUCAAUAUCCCGGACCGCAUCCUAACGGAGAUGGAUCCGACUAUGGUACCUAUCUCGGCUCGUAUUCUUUUCCUGGAAUGACAGAAACUCCUCUCGCAUACUACUAAGCAAGCAUUCGUUCAUCUUCUUCCCGCACGACAUUCAGUUCGGUUCACAUCGUCUUGCAUAUUUCGGAUCUUUCAAUUCGCCACAAAUUUCUUGUUAGCUUUGGCGCAACCUUUGGUUUUUUAAGUGGUGUUUUUUUUUCGCCUUGCAGGGACAUUAAAGCUAUUUCGCUCCAGUUGUAUCGCCACGACUUUAUUUUCACGAAUCUUAUGACUUGUACCUACGCGGACCACCGUCGCUUUCUUUCGUCAUUCUUGCAAGCUUUCAAACGGAAUUCCUGACGACUUAUUAUCAGUAAAUUGUGUAAAUUUGUUUG